CUCCUUCAUUUGGAGCACCACCCCCACCACCUCCACCUGCUCGUGGCGCUCCAGCACCACCCCCACCUCCUUUACGUGGAGCUCCUCCACCUCCUGUAGGUGGAGCACCACCUCCGCCGCCACCUCCUGGAGGUCGUGCUCCUGGCCCUCCACCUCCACCUGGAGCUCCUGGUGGUGCACCUCCUCCACCUCCACCCUUGGGUGCCAGAGCAGGUGACAUGAGAGGAAGAGGGCGUGGGCUCUCGCGUCCAGCAGCUGGUACAGCACCUCGGAGAUCUUCCUUAAAGCCUUUACAUUGGAGCAAGGUCACGAGGGCAAUACAAGGAAGCUUGUGGGAAGAAUUGCAAAGACAUGGAGAGCCUCAAAUUGCGCCAGAAUUUGAUGUGUCAGAACUUGAGACUCUUUUCUCUGCAGUUGUUCCUAAACCUGCUGAUUCAGGCGGUAAAUCUGGAGGGCGGCGCAAGUCAGUUGGAUCAAAAACUGACAAAGUCCACCUGAUUGACUUGAGGAGGGCCAACAACACUGAAAUUAUGCUCACUAAAGUUAAGAUGCCACUUUCUGAUAUGAUGGCUGCAGUGCUAGCGAUGGAUGAUACGGUAUUAGAUGUUGAUCAGGUGGAAAAUCUCAUAAAAUUUUGUCCUACGAAAGAGGAAAUGGAACUUCUCAAGGGCUACACUGGUGACAAGGAGAAUCUAGGGAAGUGUGAACAGUACUUCUUGGAGCUGAUGAAAGUGCCACGAGUAGAGUCAAAAUUAAGAGUGUUUUCUUUCAAGAUUCAGUUCGGCUCUCAGAUUUCUGAAUUUAAGAAGAGCUUAAACACUGUAAAUUCUGCGUGUGAUGAGGUUCGAAAUUCGAUUAAAUUGAAGGAGAUCAUGAAGAAAAUUCUCUAUCUGGGAAAUACUUUGAACCAAGGAACUGCAAGGGUUCCAGGUUCUGCUAUUGGAUUUAAGUUGGACAGUCUUCUAAAGCUUGCAGAUACACGUGCUUCUAACAGCAAGAUGACGCUAAUGCAUUAUCUUUGCAAGGUCCUUGCUGCCAAGACACCAGCACUUUUAGAUUUUCACCUGGAAUUUGUUAGCCUUGAGGCUGCAACUAAGAUACAAUUAAAAUCUUUAGCAGAAGAAAUGCAAGCUAUAAUUAAGGGCUUAGAAAAGGUUAAGCAGGAGUUGGUUGCCUCUGAAAAUGACGGUCCUGUGUCUGAAGUUUUCCGGAAGACCUUGAAGGAAUUCAUAUCUGUUGCUGAGAUGGAGGUUGAAUCCGUAAAAAAUCUAUAUUCUGUGGUGGGUAGAAAUGCAGAUGCACUUGCACUCUAUUUUGGUGAGGAUCCUGCCCGAUGCCCGUUUGAGCAAGUUACUGCAACACUAUUAAAUUUUGUGAGGUUGUUUCGAAAAGCACAUGAAGAGAAUGUGAAGCAGGCUGAAUUGGAGAAGAAGAAAGCUGACAAAGAGGCUGAAAUGGAGAAGGCUAAGGGAAUUAACCUUACAAAGAAGGGUGCGAAAUAGUUGAGGAUCAGUUUUUCACUAUUUCCUACAAGGUAAUAUACUCCUGCCUAGCAGCAGAUGUCUGUGCCGAUGAGUUUGACUGAAUGACAGGAAAUGCUGCUUUUGAGGACCGCUAAGAUGCCUCCCGUUCUCUGCUAUUGGUGCAAUUUGAAGCCUUCAGAGAUGUUGUAAAUGAGGCAAGGGGCCUUGUCCUGGAGGCUAGCAGACCUUGAACUAUGCAUAAGGCUUCAGGACACAUUUUUGAUGGGAAGAUGUUCUAUCCCAUGAUGGUGAAUGAGCAACGAAAUUCUCUGAGUAGAUGUCAGAUGGACCAAGCUUCUAUGCAGAGUGGUUAUGAUCAGAACCGAGUAGCAGAGGCUGUGAAUGCUAGUUAUCAAGGUCAGUGAUGUGGCCCUUGUAGCAUUAUUUUUGGAAGGAAUUUUGUAGUCGUGGGCCAUCAGUUGGCUAUGAUAGGUGAUUUCUUUUCAGCUUCCGCCAUUCAUUUGGAAUAGUUUUUACAGCACCUGACUGGAUGCCUGUGGGAUUGUGAAGCGGAAAGUCCCACUGUACCAUGAAAACCUGUAGUGUACAAAGCUCUAACCAUCCACUUACAGUAGAAUUCAAUUCUUUAUCUUGUAACAUAACCACCCCCCCUUUUUUUUUUUGUUUGCUUUUAUUUUUCAUUCCUGAGAAUUGAGAUUUUUGACAGUAGCCCAUCAUAGGAGAUGUUGUAUAGGUUGUUAGGUUUUAGAAAAAGAGAAAUUAGAAGACGGGCUCUCUUGGUGUAAUUGUAAUAUAGCACCAGAAUGUAGCUGCCAAUUGUAAACCGCUUUGUUUCUUUCAUUUGAUUUGAUUCGAUUCCUGAAUCAACAAGUAAUUUAUGAAAUUGUCUGUUCCCUUC